UGUAGGUAUGUUAGCCGUAGGUAUCUAGAUUUAUAGUUGGCCAUUAGAUAGUUCGACGGAAUGGGUUUCAUAAAAAUAAUAAAUUAGUAAUUUUAUUGUAAAUAAAAUAUUUUCUGUGAUUUUAAUUAAAAUUAAUGUAUAAAUUGUUAAUAACUAGAAGUGGAAGCCCACUUAUUCGUGCAUUUACAGUUAUUCGCGUAACACGUAUUUUGUGCAUAGAGUUCAAGUAUUGAAUUAGGCCACAUAGCGAUCUCUCCCUAAAAUACCGCUGUUCUGGCUGUCGCGUGUCUACGUAUUAAGACGGACUUGCAAUUCUAGAUAAGUGAGGCGGGAGAGUGAUGAUCAAAAGGCCGUGAACUAAUGUGAUGUCAUCAAAAGGGGAAACAGAGGCCGAUUCUGGCACGGUGUCGCCAAAUACAUUACCUGUUAAAAAUGAACCGGUGGCGGCACCAAGUAAGGAGACUCCCAAACGAAAUAAUAGUACAUUAUUAAAAUGUACAACAUGUAAUAGCUUCAGUACACUAAGUACCCGGGCUCUAAACACACACAUGGCUCAGUGCUCCCCAGAUAACAAUAAUGUGGCCUCAGCUCAGAAUAAUGAUGCCCGGCCGCACAGAAAACUCUUUGAGUGCGAUGUGUGCAAUAUGAAAUUCUCCAAUGGCGCCAAUAUGCGUCGCCAUAAAAUGCGACAUACUGGUGUCAAACCUUAUGAAUGCAGAGUCUGUCAGAAGCGAUUCUUCAGGAAAGAUCACUUAGCUGAGCAUUUCACAACUCAUACAAAAAGCUUGCCAUAUCAUUGUCCAAUUUGCAAUCGGGGUUUCCAACGCCAGAUCGCGAUGCGCGCCCAUUUCCAGAACGAACACGUAGGUCAGCAUGACCUUGUCAAAACUUGCCCUCUAUGUAGUUACCGCGCGCCCACUAUGAAGAGUCUUCGAGUACACUUCUUUAACAGACACGGUAUUGAUCUCGACAACCCAGGCCCUGGGAAUACCUCUGUUUCCCUUUUGGCUGCUGGAAUCGCAAAUGCAGCAUAUGGUGAUGGUACAAUGGACCCUAGUACACUAAAUGCAUUGGGUGCUCUUGGGUCCGGACUAUCGGUAUCAGUUGCGGCAGCUUAUUCAGAUAGUGGUGACAGCAACGGAGAGAGAUCGGUUGACAAUGCGACACCACCCAUGCACUAUUUGACCCCUCACGUUGAAAUAUCAAUGGCAGACAAUAAUGAAACAUUUUCCCCUGGACAGACUAGUCAUAUGGGCAAUUCAGAUGCCCGUGUGAAUGGGGAAGGUCCCAGUUCACCCCAGUCAGGAGAUAGCGCAGUGGCAAGUAGCUCACUCUCCGCAGGCCUGCCGACUAACAUCACUCCAUCAAUCACACUUAUACCUAUUAAACAGGAGCCAAAUGCGGAAGAGAAUGCAGGUGAAGAUGGGAAUGGCGAAAAACGAGACGUUAAAUCGAGUCUCAAUUCCCUUAUAAAGGUUUCGCCGCUCAAAAGCCUCCUUAGAGAAGACUUACGCCGUAGAAUCUCAGCGCGUGGACGCUCGCGUGGCUCAAAUGCUCGUGCAUCACCAAGCGAAGGCGGCGUGAUAACGUCCACUCACGGCGACGCCCUUCUACCAUCUUCCCUUGUCUGCACAUUCUGCUCUAUCACAUUCCCUGAUUCGACUCUAUAUUUCCUUCACAAGGGUUGCCAUUGCGACUCAAAUCCAUGGAAAUGCAACAUUUGCGGCGAACAAUGCUGCAAUGUUUACGAAUUCAACUCGCAUCUACUGUCCAAAAGCCACCAAUGACUGUUUGCUGGGGGGACGCAAUGAUAUAAGCACUACACGUGAGCGAUUCGAAGGUAUUUAUCUCUCUAUCUAGGAAGAUCUUCGAACUGCUGAUACGUCCCCCCGAAGCUGAAGUGGAAGCUGGUAUGGUACUUUAAAUAUUUCUCUCAUAUGGUUAACUUUCAUGCGUGGAAAGGAAUGCGGUUUUUAAAAUGUUCCAAAUUCAAAUUGAAUGUUUUGUCUUGUUAUGAAUGGAUAAGAAAGGGACAGCAGUAUCGGAAACUAAUGUUUACUUUGAGUGCAAUGUUCCAAAUUUAAAUUUAUUGUAAUGUAGUAUUGGAUGUUAUGAAUGGAAAUUAGUAUGCUUUGAUUGGCAAUGUUCCAAAUUUAAUUUAUUAUUUUGAUGUAGGACGGUAAUACUAGUUCGGUGGAAAUGUGCACUAUAGAUUGUACUGUAUUUGUUACCAUAGUGAAAUUAUUUCUAUAUAAAUGGUAAACACGGUAUUAUCUUUAGUGCAUGACUUAUAAUAAGGUCAGAUAUCGUUCAAACUUGUUCCAAAUUGUUUUUGUUACAUCUGUCUUGCUUUUUUUAAAUUAGUAUGAAGAAGACGGGAAUAGAAUAUGGACGCUUUUUUUUAGGCAAUAUUAAAUUUUUUUUGUACUGCUGAACUUAUAACAGUGUUAAUAAGACAUAUAUUAAAAUGUAAAGUUUUAUUACGGAUUUAUAGAAUGGACUAUGUCAGUUGUCAAAACAGACAGUUGAAGCAAAAUUUAGCGUUGUUAUUGUGUCAUCAUAUGUCAAAUAUUGCUUUACGAGAAUUUGAAUUUGGAACAUAACUCUCAUUUGAAGGAUCAUACUGGUUUACCAAAUUGUGGUGCGAGUAAGGAUAUUUUUAUGGAUAUUUUAGUACUUAAUCGGUUUAAUUAGAUAGUGUUUGGGACCUGUCGGAAAUUAUCGAAGUGAAAUUUAAACAUUCCGAAUUGCAACGAGUGCAUUCCAUUUAAUGAGAUUGACUUAUGGCCUCUGGCGGGGAUUAUUGUUAUCAUAAAAGAUUUUAUUUAUUUAUUUUGUGUACUUAUGUAUAGUGAUAUACAAAUAUCUAUUGUGGUGCGAUAGUGAAUUUUACAAAUGUUUAAUGCAUGUACAAAUUAAUAUAUUUUUACAUUUCACUAUUCAAUAUUUUAUUAUGGCAAAGCCUAAAUGUGAUGACCGGAAUUAAAAAUUUUCCGUUUCUAUUUAUUUUCUACGCAUAUGAUGCAAGUCCACGACUAUACUUAAUGUACAAGUUGAUUUUUGUUGUUAUUUUAUUUAUAUUCUAAAAUGGGAUAUCGUACUUAAGUGGUCCGUGAAUCAUGAUUUAGUUGAAAGUAUAAGGAAUCCACACGUAUGGUGAGGCGAAUAGCUAGAAGAAUUUCUACAUCCCUAUCUAGCGCUUUUACCGCUAUCUAGCGGAAUCUUGUGUUAAAAUUCAGUGUCAAGACUGAAUGUCACUCUUGGAUUUGUCAGCGCUUAAAUAACUUAGCGACCAAUCUAGCGCUUUAGAACCUUAGCGGUGAGUUAUUAAGAAACAGCGGAUCUGUUUUCUUGGGCUUUGUUUAGCGUUUAAUUUAAUGUUUAAAUCUAGCACUUUUUUCGACUUUCGUAUUUGCAGUUCAGCUAGGCAACACUUCAGCCGUUCUCUUCAUUCACCAAAGAAAGUUUAGCGCUGAGUUAUAGAUAAACAGCACAGCACAUAAUCAGUGCCUUUUAAAGCACUGUUUUAAAGCGCUACAUUAGAAUUUAGCGCUGACUUUUACUUUUUUACUUUCGUAUUUUUAGUUGGCAACACUGCCGCUUUUCCCUUCAUUCGCCUCACUAUUCAGCGAGUGUGUUGACGCUCUGUAAUUUAUUGCUCAAUACUUUCAAGGCUCAAGGAGUGGGUUCAAUUCGGUGCAAGCGAUUCGCACAAAAUUAUCAUGUAACAUUGUAAUUCGUGCUUUUUGGUGCACCUAUAUAUAUACCCUCGUAGGUAUUUCGAAUUGGUAAUUUAAAACUACUUAAUAUAAGCGAUAUAACAGCUAUUAAUAAUUAUUGCGCCAAAUGUGCUCAACAGAGAAAUAUUUUAUGCAAAUUAUUUAUUAGAGAAAAUUUAAGAUAUUUAAAUGUUAUCAGAUUAAUAUAUUAUUUAUGAGUUCUAAUGCAGUUAUACAAUCACUCUAUAGUCUAUUGAAGUUCUAAACAUUCCAUUUUUAAUUAAGAUUGUAUUGACUGCAUUGGGGUUAGUUUCGGUACUUGCAGGUGAGUUUUGGCUUACAAAACAUUCCUUAUAGUAUAAACGAUAAGUACUUAAUAUCGGUUGUGGUCUUGCCUGUUAAGUUAACGAAAUCGUUUAGAUGGAACUGAAAUUGUUAACCAACGAAGUGUCUAUUGUCUUUACGUUUAAAUAAAAUACUGUUAAAACGAAAUCAUUAAUUUAAAACUUAAACAUCUACCCUCACACUGACUUUUACUGACAUUUGAUCGCAUCUAUAAGUUAUUGUUAGCCUACUUAAUCGUGUCAAUUGUUUAUGAAGGAUUUUAAUAACAGUAUUUUGUUUAGAUGUCAUUGUUUUGUUUUAAAUGCUAUUAGUGUAAGAGCCGCAGCGCGCGGUGACGUCCAAAGGACCUAGUGAGUUACCUGAUGGAACAACACAUAUUUAUUAUUUAUUAUAUAGAUACAUUUAUCCUCUUUGUUGAUUUUGUUGUAGACUUGAUGUUUUUCGGUCCCUACCGUCGCGCCGUGGCUUAGCUUAGGGAAGUUUACCAAUAGAUGGUAACCCCAUUGGGCGCCUUCACUUAAUCCGUCCACGUCUAAAGAUAGAUAUUGCCUUUACUAUUUAAUAGAGAUAAUAUAUUUAUAAGAGUUAGAUAAGAACAGAUAAGUGAAAAUAUUUACAAAUAACAAGAGGUUUAAUUAGUUUAGAGAAUUGAAGGUAGGCUUCGAUUUUUGGAUGUUGCGGUUUUGAUGUAAAUGCUUUAUCGUGUGGUAGUUUCUUAGUUGUCGUGAUUGAACAUUGUCAAUUUAUUACGAUACAGAGCAGUAUUUAAAUCAUCCAAUAUAUAAGUCAAACGUGAGUUAAAUAUAAGAUUUUUGGCCUUGAUUUUUCAAUUGUUACACUGUGACUUACAUCUUUAACAUUUGAAAAAUUGGCCCUCAAUUUGUAAUUAAGUGCAUAUGAGAAUGUAGUGUAUUAGCGGGGGCAAGAAAGCAAUUUUCAAAGAAAAGAACACAGAGUAAUAUUUCAAAUAGAUUAAGACUUGUACGAAUAUAAUUAGCUCUUAUGCUAUGUUUUCUUGUCUCUGACACUAUGGUUUUACUACAUUCCAUACUUUUUGACCUGAAAUUGAUGCCUUUAAUGGGCCUGUAGGCUAGAAUUGAGUUUAAUUACGUUCAUUCAUUUUAUUCAUAGACGUAUCGUAGAAUAGCAGUCCUCACCUUAAUACCAAAAUACAGCUUACCAACAUUUUUUUUUUUUGUUUUAGUUGUUAUGUGUGUAACAAUGUAGUUAAGAAUAAAACAUUACGGUAGGUAGAUGGAGAAGAUCGUUGAUAUUUUGCUGUUAAAUUUAUUGCGUUAUAAUAUAUUAAUCUUAUUUCUAAUUAUUAACGUACUAAUAAGUUAGAGGGGAUAAAAUUUAUGAGAAACCAACUUUGUAACCUGAGUGAUAGUAAAUGAUAUCAUAGAAGAUUGUGCCUUAGAUCAGUAAUAAAUUAAAUUGUUUCGAAAUUUAUAUUAAAGAGUAUUUAGAUGUGUGUGUUAAACUGUUCUCACAGAUAUAUUUACACAAAGUUCAAUGUUAUUUAUUUAUAUAGCGCAAUAUUUGCAAAUGGCUGUUUAGCUUGUUUUUAUGGUAAAGUUUAUUUGCAGUUGUGAAUGUCAUCUUGUUACAAAAUAUUGUCUAGGUUUUAAAAGGAUUGGUACUUAUUACCGAAUAUUGUAAUUUAUUUACUUAUAAUAAAAUAAUUUGGUAAAGGGUCUAAUAAAAUAUGAGAUAAAA